AUGUUAAAUCACGGCAGUGGCUUUGGGUGGAAUGAUGAAGAUAAAUGCAUAAUUGCAAGCAAUGAUGUGUUUGAGGAGUGGGUGAAGAGCCAUCCAACUACACAAGGAUUAAGGAACAAACCUUUCCCCCACUAUGACACAUUAGCAAUUGUUUUCGGUAGGGACCGAGCAAGUGGAGCUAGAGCAAAGAACCCAGCUGAUGCGGUUGAAGAUCUUGAUUCAGAAAUUCCCGAAAACAACAAUGAAUCAAUGGAUGUUGAUGUUGAUGAUGAUAAAGGGAGUAACGUUCUAGACAAGGAUGAUGUGGCUGCCUCUGGAGCUAGUGGAACUCGUAGGACAUCUAGUAGCAACAAAAGAAAAAGAAAUGAUGAUGGCAUCUCUGAAAUGGUGGACCAAAUGAAUGGUACGGUUACCGUGCAUUCGAAUCUUUUCAUCAAUUACUAUCUCAUCAAGGUUUGA